AUGUUGCUGAAGCACUUCACGCAGAACAUCGAUUGUCUCGAGCGUCUGGCGGGCGUGCCGGGCGAGAUGAUCGUCGAGGCCCAUGGCAGUUUCGCCAAUCAGCAUUGCAUCGACUGUAGCGCGGAAUAUCCCGAGGCCCUGAUGAAGGAUGCCAUCGUCAAAGGCGAGGUACCAUACUGUUCCCAGUGCAACGGACUCGUGAAGCCCGACAUCGUCUUCUUUGGAGAAGCUCUGCCCGGGGACUUCUUUGACAACCGAACGCUUCCCGAGGAGGCCGACCUCUGUAUCGUCAUGGGCACGAGCCUUUCCGUGCAACCGUUUGCAAGUCUACCGGCGUUUUGUCGGGAUGGGAUCCCGCGCGUCUUGAUUAACAUGGAACGGGUCGGGGGGAUGGGCUCCCGUGCCGACGAUGUCCUGAUCCUGGGCGAUUGCGAUGCGGGGGUGCGGAAGUUUGCUCGCGCUCUCGGCUGGGAGCAAGACCUGGAGCUUCUCUGGCAGGCGACGAAUCCCAACAAGGAAUCCCGCGAAGCCGAGAUGGCCUCGCUAAAGACUAAGGAUGAACGGCUGCGGGAUGAAGUGGAGCGACUGACCGAGGAGGUGGACCGGACUCUGGGGAUCUCGAACGCCUACGAGCAGCGAGUGCGACAACAUCUGAACGGGUCGGGGGAGUCGGAGAAGAUCGGGGGACUAGCGCAUGUGUUUCCUCACCUAGCGCGGUAG